CUGAAAAGUUAAAACAAAACAUUUAACGUUGUAGCUAUUGCUAUUAAAAACUCUUACUAGUUGUAAGACUUUUACAAUGUCAUUGUCGAAAUACGAAGAAAUUAAGGAGAAAAUAAAAAACGGCAUCUACACUCUAGCGCCGAAUGGAAGAUCUACUCGCAGCACAGUUUGGCGCGUUUAUAGAAAAAUUAGACAGGAAGAUGGCACAAUACUUGACAACGUAUUACAUUGCACAUCUUGCAAAACGCUGAUGUCGUUUACGCACAAAACAACAACAAACUUACGGCGCCACAAGUGUCACCUACGUUACCUAAAGACUCUGGCAUUCAGCGAAGACUCAGACUUAGAUCUGUCUCUUAAUAGCACCAAGUUCAAUAUCAGUUCGAAUGAUUUCGAUACGGAAAUGAGGGUAGAUGCGCCUUUAGAGGACGCAGCGGACCCGACAUUACUUGAAGUAGUCGAAAAAAAACACACGCCCACCGAUUCCACACCCUUUGUAUCAAUAAGCGGUAGCACUGAAGAAGGCCUGGCUCAGCCUCAACCUCACAGCACCAAUGAUCCCCUGAAUGUUGCUGCGUCUUCGCAACCUUUGGCCAACCUGAUCGACGUAGGUAUGACUGACGCCGAAGAGUCUAAUAUAUACGCACAGACGUGGUCAUUGGAGUAUCGCAAGCUUACCGAAGAGCAAAAAUUUUAUGCAAAGCGCGCAAUUGACGAAAUAUUUGUGUUGGGUCGUUUAAGGCGGUUAACAUUAAGCACAGUACCGUCAGUUACAGAGUAACCUUAUAUUGUGUUUCCUUAGAUUUACGGCUUAUUUUAAUGUAAAAUAUAUAAGUUUUAUUGGAAAAUUA